GUGCCGGCCUCAGUGCGCACCUAGCCUGACAUGUGACAUUCACACUCACGUUCACAGGAGGAGCGGCCCACCGUCAGGGAAGCGGUGAUGAGCCCCCUCGCCCUGGGCGUGCCCCUCACCGUGGUCAACGUGCUGGGGCUGUUCGUCAACGGCUACAUCCUCCUCGUCGUCCUCAUCACCAAGCAGGCGCACACGGCCAACAGCCUGCUGCUGCUACACCUGGGCGCGGUGGACGCGCUGCUGUGCGUCGUCUUUCUGCUCUUCCCGGCUCCGGGACUCCUGCUGCGCUCCGGCACCGGCGCCGCCUGGCUAGGGGCCGGCUCUGCAGCCUGUGCCACGCACGGCUUUCUCAUCACACUCCUACACCCGGUGGCGCUGUGGACGGUGUGCGGCCUGCACUGCGACCGGUACUGCGCGAUCGCGGCGCCGCUGCACUACGGCGCGCUGGUGAGCGCGCGGCGCGUCGCGGCCGGGCUGGCGGCGGCGUGGGCGGCCUCGCUGGCGCUGGCGCUGCCGCCGCUGUUCCUGGCGGCGCCCGCCUACCGCUACAGCGCCGCGCAGGCCGGCUGCGCGCCCGACGGCGCCGCCGCCCUCUGGUACUCGGCGGCCUACGCCGUGCUCGCCCUGCUGCUGCCCACCGGCGUCAUCCUCGCCUGCAACGUCAAGGUGCUGAUGAUCGCGCGCUACCACCGGCACCGCAUCGCGUCGGCCAUCUUCGAGGUGGCGCUGUCGGCGCAGGUGACCAUCAUGCACCAGCGCAACCCGCUGGCGGGGGCGGCGACGCCGGCGGCGGUGGCGGCGCGCAGCCUCUACCGGGGGCGGAACGCCGUGCCCACGGUGCUGCAGCUGGUGGCGGCCUGCAUCCUGCUGUACGUGCCCUGGCACGCCGCCAUCCUCUGGGAGGCGGCCGCCGCCGCAGCCUCCGCCUCCGCAGCCGCCUCCGCCGUCACCAGCGCGGCCCCCGGCGCCGCCGCCACCGCCCCCGGCGCCGCCGCAGUGGCCGUGCGGCCGCCCCCGCCGCCACUGCUAGCCCUGUCGGCCGCGCUGCUGGCGUGCGCGCCCUCCGUCAACGGGGUGCUGUACGGCGUGCGGAGCAAACUGCUGCGGAAGACCUUCCAGAACUACUGGCGCAAGCAGAUGUCCAAGAGCGAGAUGAACCAGGAGAUCCAGGCGCGGACGCCGUCGGCGUGCGGCUCGCGCCGGCCGUCGCUGACGCCGCUGGGCCUGCUGACGCGGCCGUGCGCCGCCACGCUGCAGCGCCGCCUGUCCGAGGCGCUGCUGGACCCCAGCCAGCGCCCCAGCCCGCACGCCAGGGACCGGCCGCGCAUCCAGCGCAUCGCUUCGGAGCUGGACUGGCGGCCUGUCGGGCUAGCCGCCGGUAAUCACGCCGCUCCCCACUUUUCCGCUGAUCUGUAUAUACAGGUGCUCAGAAGCCUGGAGCGCGGCGGUCGCGCUCACGCUGCGUCUUGCAACACGCUGCGGGUGCCUGACAGCGAGGCGUCGCCGCUGACGCUCCAGCCGGUGGCCGCCCCCGCCCCCGCCCCCGCCCCCGCGCCCACGUCCGCCCCCACUCCACGAGUCACCGUGAGGGCCGCGCCGGCCGCCUCCUGCGGCCCGGCCAACCUCUUCCUCCAGAGGGUGUUCGGCGCCGGCGCCGGGACCGGCGGCGCAGACAAGGACGUCUCGCUCAAGAGGGCCGCCGCCAUACAGGUGACUCACCUCAUCACACUCCUCGUCAUCACCAUCAUCAUCAUCAUCGCCAUCAACUGCUGGCGCGCGCCGGCCUUGCAGACGGUCCUGUCGACGCCGCGCCGGUCGCCGCGCAUCCUCAUCACGCGCGCCUUCUCGGAGGAGAGCGACCACUCGCCGCCGGCGUCGGCCGCGGCCGGCGACCUCGGCGACGGCGGCGCCGGAGGCGGGCUGGGCCGCAAGUACUCGACGUCGACCACGUCGCUGCUGGACCGCCGCUGGCGGCUCGCGCUCGACGCCAAGGAAUGCAUCGACAGUUCGUCAGACGACGAGUGCGACUGCUCUGACGCCUCGUCGGGGCGGCUGUUCUUCUCGCUGGACUGCGCGUCCGGCGCCAGCACGACGCCGCUCGUCGCCAACAACAACACGACCAGCAGCGGCCAGCAGCAGGCCGCGGGCGCUCCGCCGCCGGCGCUCAAGCGCCACCAGCUCCAGCUCCAGCUGCACGACCAGGGCAGCGUGGGGUCGUGGCCGACCGCGCGCCGACCCGCCCCCGCCUCCCACAGCAUGGUGCAGCUCGCCAGGAGCCUCAACGAUGUGCCCAGCGCGCCAGAGUUCGUGCUCUAGCACAGGCGGACGCCCAGCACCGGGAGCGGCGCCAGUCCACCGUGCCCACCAGUGUCCCAGCGUCUCAGCAGACAGUCCAAACGUUCCGUCGACGAGUGUUGGCUUUGAAGGCAGUGCACGGUGUUCCUCACAGCUACCACAGGACGAUGGCAAACGGACGACCGACGAAUAAUGUCUUUGGGACGCACUUUCAAUACUCAGCAGCUGUACCAAAUACGAACGUGGAUGUCCAAAACAGCCAUUGGACUGCUCUUAGGGCAGUGGGAUGACUUGCUCACACUCUUUCAGCACUCUGCAUGACCGUUUCUAGUGGAAUUCAGUGAGACUCUCCGCGACUAAAAGUGGCGCCAGAGAGAGUCUGUAGUUUCGCCUGCAUCAGAGGAACUGUUUAGUGCACUACAUGCUAGUUACAAGUUGGACUUCAAGACGGGAACGUAGCCAUAAGUCUACACUUUGUCUGAACAGAUCACGUUCACCGCGUGACGGAGUAACUCGGUAUAAUUAUGAUUUCCUUCCGUCCCGAACCUCAGUCCUUCUGUACCAUGUUUUGAACCAUUCAACUUCACUCUAAUGUUUUCCCUUUCAUCGGCAUUUCAUUCUUCCGUAGUCAUAGAGAGUGAGACACCUUUAUUACCUAUGACAUGCAGUAUACUUCCGAAAAAACUACACCUCAUAAAAAAACUACAUCUCAUAAAUAUCAUUAAUAUCUAACAACAGUAUUUCAUGGUGAGGGUAACUUCCCAAAUAAAACGCGUAAUCGAGUUGAAAAUUGUACCUGAAAUGACUCAGCUGUCUAUUGCAAGACUUGCCGUGUGCCUGAGUCGUAUUAUACGAGCUGAUCAAGCGUCUCUUUAUGACACUCUACUUACUUAGUACCGAUAAAGAUAAUCGAUUGACUCUAUUGUUACAUCCGCUACAUAUAGCGCAAGCGUCUUACUGUGGAUGACGCAAUAUUGCUACUUGUCUGAGAGUCGAGAAUCUCAAACAGUUUUACCUGUUUCAUUCGUGACAGUACCAGGUAAAAACUGUGUUAUCCAUUCCUCGUUGACGGCCUAUUAUUAUCAUACAUAGCUGUCGCUAGGCUUACUUUCAUCAUCUCAUUUCGUUUGUGAUGUCUGUGCCAACCAAUAUUUGGCGCUAUUCUAGAGUACAUGGCGUAAGAGAUGUAUUUUCAAAAACGUAUCCCUUCCAGUCCCUCUGUAUGAAUUUUCUUGAUCUCUAAGCUCCUUUUGGCAGUGUGAAUGUCAUUGAGUCAUUGACUGAACUUAAAAGCAAUCAAUACCGUGUUCCUCAAAAGUAGAGUCUCGCUAAUAUUAACUCUCUCAAAAAUUAUGAAAUGCUAGUAAUGGUAUUUUCUGGAUAAAAUUCAAUGAAUUCUUGUCAGGAGAAACGGUAAAAUUUCAAAUAUUUGAAAUAGAUGUGCAGCAAAUUUAGCUUGAUUGAGCAUUACAAAAUGUAGUACCUUAUUAUGUCCAACAUUUCAUCAGAUCUCAAUAGAUAAUUUCAACCUUACUACACACUAAGACAAAGGAAAAACGACGCAUCACGAAGGAAUUAUUCCAAUAGGACGGAUGUCGGUAGAUGUGACGUAUAUGUAGAGAAAAACAGAUUAUUGCAAAUCCAGAAAACACUGGAUGAUUUAUUCAAGACGAAGAGCUUCACAAAUUCAGCUAGCCAGUAACGAGUUGGUCCACCUAUGCGCCUUGUGUAAGAAGUUAUUCGAUUUGUCAUUCAUUGACGAAGUUGUUGGAUGCCCUCCUGCGGGAUAUCGUGACGCAUUCUAUCCAAUUGGUGCGUUGCAUCGUCAAAAUCCGCAGCUGGUAAGAGGGCGCUGCCAAUAAUGCUCCAAACGUUCUCAACUGGGGAGAGAUCCAGCGACUUUGCUGGCAAAGGUAGGAUUUAGCAAACAUGAAGGCAAACAGUAGAAACUCUGGCCGUGUGUGGGCUAGUUUAUCAUGCUGAAAUGCAUUCCGUUGUGCUGUAGGAUGGCGCGGCUGACAACCAAAGGUGUCCUGCUACGAAACGAAAUUGUAGUCCCACUCCGUCAGCCCUGGUUGUAGGACCGUGGGUCGGGCAGUAUUCAGGUUGCUACCACAACGCUGUCAGGGACGUGCCCAGACACGUCUUCGGUGGUCGUCGGAGCUCAUUUCGAAGCGAAACUCAUCACUGAAGACAAUUCAUUUCCAAUUCAUUUACAGGCUUCAGAGCAGUGGGGCAUCGGUCUGACUACCGCCCACUAUUCGGCCUGAGGACGAGGAAUGAUGGUCUGCGUACAAUUUUAUUUAUAGCAGUAUGCCUUCCAAUAAAUCAUUCUUUUGUCUAUACACGUACAUCAUAACGUAUUUCCAUCCCAUUCGGAAAAUUACUUCGUGAUGCGUCUUUUUUUUUUCUUUAACGUGUAUUCAGAAUAAAUGAAACCGUAAAAUGACUGCAUCGAUGUUUCGGUAUUAUCCCACAUACAGUAGCACUGCAUAAAUUUUACCCAAGGUCCAACCUUGUAGAUGAUUUUUUCUUGAUGCAAUACAUGUAAAAGAAACGUAUUAAUUCCUGAUGUCGAAAAUGAAGCACUAUUUCUAUUUCCUCCCAAAUUAACUUUGCGUACCAGAUAACUAAACGUAGGAACUAGAUCCGCCCAUAUCCAUUUUCUUAAAGAAUUAGUACUGUUUUUAUUCACUUUCUCAAAAAAAAUUUCGAAAAUUUUGUCAAAUAUCCCUGGCCAGUUGCCCGUCUGAUGCAGCUUCAUGAAUAAUUAGAGAUAUAGGCUAUACAAGUUAGAUGGUAAUGACAUUAAGUAAUUGUUUGUCAUUACAAAUUCGGAACUCAUGUCGAUGUAUAAACAAACGAAUGGCUACAUCUAAUCACCAAAACGCUGACUUCAUAACAAGACAGGUUUCUAUCAUAAUUGACAUAUGUCACACAACUAUCCAUCAACAUUUGUGCCUACAUUAGAAACCACCAGAAAGAGUUUAUUUCAUAUAUCUAAAGUCAUCCAAAAAUUCAUAGUCUGUUACAACAAACAUGGUCGUACUAGUAUUAACAUGUAAUAAAUUCAUUUCAUGUAAUUACUUAUCCAGACUUAAGUAUGUACAGGCUAUAAUACAGUUUACACAAAGAAUAAGUACUUACAUAUUAGCUUAACUCGAAAUGCAGUGUAUGCGGCACAUUCUCCAAACGAACGAACCUUUUUAACAAAACCAGUUGCUAAUUCUGUUAGGGAUAACUCCUAACUCCGUAAGUUACACUGUGAUACCAUCUAGAUGUCAUAAUGUAUAUUUCCGUGUGUUGUUCCAUUUGCUUUAUACCAGUAUACACCCUACCAUUGUCCAUUGAACUGGAGUUUAUCUCCUAAAAUUGCCUUUUUUUAGUCAUUCCACCAACCCUUCAUUCUGCAGCUUUUAUUUUUAUUUGCCUGCCUUUCGUCCUCCCCAUCACCUGCCAACCCACCGUCCCCCCCCCCCCUCCGCUCUCUUAAUUAUUUACACUGCUGUCCCAUUCUUUAACUCUGUGAACAUCACUGACAGUCUCUUUAAACUGUUCCUCAUUGUAGUGUACUGCUAAACUGUUCUGGCAUCGUGCCUCUAGUCUCAGCCACUCUCUUAAAAAAUAUUGCACUGCUCUUUACAGUCCCACGCAGUCUUUCGGCUCAUUCUAUACUAAUAGAAGGCUGUCUGGUGCCUGUCCUCGUCCCCGCGUUUCUGCUAGUGAGGAACGCCUCUUCUCACGUAGAUGUGGUAUUCUCCUCAAAGUCUCUUCUCUGCCGUCAAGAAUGAACCAUGAUGCCCCGAGCAUUACCAGCAGCUUGCACUCGUUUCUUCCUACGUUCCUACUGAAACAAUCAGGAGGUAGUUAACGAUAUUUUGCCCUCGCAAAAGACCUUCUUAUUCGUAUAUGACUAAACGUAAUUAGUAGAACAGGUCAUUGAGGAGAACAUUUUUUUAAGAAAUACACAGUAUAAUUUAUUUCUAUCAACAAUUGUGUGAAAGUUUCAGAUAUUCUGCGUUUUAUAAAAACUGUGCUUUGCUUCUGUGCCGUGUGUCAUGAUAAGGAAAGAUAUUACUUGACAAUGAUGUAGUCAGUUAAGAAAUAGGAAGAAUAUGGAACGACGUUCUCCAACAGCAUGUAUUGGAGACCCAAAGUUCGUUUGGUCACAGCAAAUGUUAGAAAGGAGCUGUUUCAUACAACCUGAUGUUUGAAUGUGUUAACUGUAGUUGAUGUUCGACAAUCGCUCGAUAACUAUUCGUCCUAAUAAAAGUGUAAUAGCAUAUGUGUUUUAGCACUACUUGCUGCAUGAUUCCUUUGAUGUUCUAGUCACAACUAGCCAAAGCAACACUUUAGAAGCUUAAGAAAGGAGAUAAACUAAUGUGCAUGUCCGAAAUAACUCAAUGGCAGGUAGAGUAACUGCUUCUGAAACAAUCAUCCGUCAUUUCAAAAGUUGUGCUUCUGUAUUAUUUUCGCGUUAGAGAUCAAUGGUUGAAUCCCAUGAUUGUGAAUGUUAGAGUUUAGAGAUGUGCGCUGAGGAGUGAAUGCGAAGUUGUUAUUUUUGUAAUGCUCUUUUUAUUACAGGGUAUUCAGCAAGAACUAAUUUAUUUUGACGAGGCAUCCACGUUGUUUCCUACAACCCAAGCGGACCCACUGACAUAUCUAUAGUAUUUUUGUAUGUUAGAUUAUUGUUGAAAGUUGAAAAUUCUAGUCCACUGUAAAAAAAGAGUUUAUUUUUACCUCCACAUAUGUACAAGAAUGAGUGCUGUGGUAGUUAUACGAGUGGAUGUUCAAUGUUUCCCACAUUCCUGGUAUAAGUAGAAGCUAUUUAAUGUGCAGACGUUAUGUGAGAUUAUCUUCAAAUACAACCACAUUAUUUUUCAAAAUAUUUAUUGUGGUGUGUAAUAAAUAAGGCAGCUUUAAUUUUGUCUGCAAAUAAAUGAAAUGGU